AUGCCUACUCCAUCGCCGUCGUCAUCGUUACAGGACCGCAUUUUAAAUUUGGUACAGACCUUGCAGUUUGCUUGGUUUGCUGGCCAUGUGCUGACACUCGUUGGCUCGGCUUUGCACUUUUUGUCAGUUGUGAUGUUCCGUUCAGCAAGCAAACCCUAUACUAUCGCAUACGUUGGAGCACUCAUUUCGUAUGGUGUUGUUAUUUAUAAAACCCAUGGAACACCACAACUCAACACUCACUAUGCGCAACGUCUUGUUAUGGAUGAAAACGUUCAGUAUCUUCUUCUUGCCUUGUAUUGGUUUUUCUCGAAACCUAUUUCAGUUACUCUCGUCCCCUUUGCCACCUUCUCCACGUUCCACGCACUUGGCUACGUUCGAUCCAACAUUAUUCCAACUGUUUUCCCCGUACCACCUUCGACCGCGUCAUCGUCUUCCGGCAGUGGACCAGUAACCUGGCAAGCCAAAACUCAGCAACGGAUCAAGUCGUGGACAGAUAAGAAUUACGAUGCCGCAAUGCGUUUUGUUGCCCAAAUCGAAGUUGUUGGUAUCAUGGGCCGUCUGUUGCUCGGUGUGUUUAGAUUCCAAAUCAUGUCCAUUUUCUUGUAUGCCCAGUUUUUGCGUUUCCGCUACCAUCUUUCGACUUACAACCGUCAAGCUUUCACCAGACUGCGAGUUGUACUGGACAAUGUCUCACGGGAUCCCCGUGUCCCUCCAGUGGUUGUCAGAGCCUAUAUGUCUGCAAAGGAUAUGAUUAUCCGAUAUGGACAAGCCGUGGUGCAGCAACAACCUCGUCAAUAG